ACUUCACGGAACAGCUCAGCCAGGAGCAUUUUUGGCGGGCUUGUCACGCUAGUGAGGAAAUCUCUUGUGUGUAAAGUGGAAAAACCUGAGAAAAAAUGGGUGAAAAUGAACGCUAUUUGCAAGACAUCCAGAGGGAAUAUGUCGACUUCUUGGAUGAUGAGGAAGAUCAAGCGAUCUACUCAACCCACAUCAAGACCAUGGUUUCUGAGAAUUCCCGGCGUCUGAUUGUCAAUAUCAAUGACUUGAGGCGGAAGAAUCCCGCCAGGGCAGCAAGUCUCCUCAACAAUGCCUUUGAGGAGCAACUGGCCUUCAGUCGUGCCCUGAAAGAUGUGGUUAUGUCCAAUCAGUCUCGCUACACGAAAAGUGAUGAUGACUUCUUCGUGGGCUUCGAGGGAAGUUUUGGGAAUCGCCAUGUUACUCCUCGAUCCCUCACUUGCCAGUUUCUAGGGAAUCUUGUCUGUGUUGAGGGAAUUGCCACGAAAGUCUCCCUGGUGCGCCCCAAAGUCGUCCGGAGUGUCCACUACUGCGCUGCCACGAAUAAAGUCAUGGAGAGGAAGUACACGGAUUUCACCUCCUUCGAAGCCAUUCCCAGUUCAGCGGUCUAUCCGACAAAGGAUGAGGACGGGAAUCUACUGGAGACUGAAUACGGUCUCUCAGUUUACAAGGAUCACCAGACAAUGACUCUCCAAGAAAUGCCUGAAAAAGCUCCUGCAGGGCAGCUUCCACGAUCAGUUGACGUGAUUUGCGAUGAUGAUCUUGUGGAUCGUGUCAAGCCUGGAGAUCGGGUCCAGAUCGUUGGGAAUUAUCGUUGCUUGCCUGGGAAGCAAGGCGGCUACACUUCCGGCACUUUCCGCACCGUUUUGAUUGCAAACAAUAUUUCGCAGCUCAAUAAGGAGAGCAAUCUGGCCAUUUCCCGCGAGGAGAUUACUCAGUGCAAGAAACUGGCCAAAAACAAUGACAUCUUCGAGCUACUGGCUAAGAGUCUCGCCCCCUCCAUCUACGGGCAUGAAUAUGUGAAAAAAGCCAUCCUCUGUCUGCUCCUGGGAGGAAUUGAGAAGAAUCUGCCAAAUGGGACAAGACUCCGUGGAGACAUAAACGUCCUCCUGAUUGGAGAUCCCAGUGUGGCCAAAUCUCAGCUUCUGCGGUACGUCCUGCAGACAGCUCCCAGAGCCAUUCCAACUACCGGAAGAGGUUCCACGGGCGUGGGUCUCACAGCUGCUGUUACAACGGACCAGGAGACUGGUGAGAGGCGCCUGGAAGCUGGCGCUAUGGUCCUGGCUGAUCGAGGAGUCGUCUGCAUUGACGAAUUCGACAAAAUGAGUGACUUAGAUCGAAUUGCCAUCCACGAAGUGAUGGAACAGGGAAAAGUUACCAUCUCCAAGGCAGGGAUUCAUGCUUCCCUGAACGCUAGAUGUUCCGUUCUGGCUGCUGCUAAUCCGGUCUAUGGCAAGUAUGAUCAAUACAAGACACCAAUGGAGAAUAUUGGGCUGCAAGAUUCUCUGCUUUCGCGUUUCGAUCUGCUCUUCGUGAUGCUGGAUGUUGUGGACACAGACACUGAUCAGAUGAUCUCUGAUCAUGUGGUGCGAAUGCAUAGAUACCGAAAGCCAGGAGAGCAAGAUGGAGAGGUGCUGCCAAUGGGAGGAAGCUACGUAGACAUGCUGACUACAUUCAAUGCCCGCAAAGAGGAUGCCAAAGACGCCCCGAUGUAUGAGAAAUACGAUGCUCUGCUCCAUGGAAGUUCCAGGAGGGCUUCAGACAAGAUCCUGACUGUGGACUUUAUGAGGAAGUACAUCAACAUUGCCAAGUGUCUCAAGCCCAAACUCACUGAACAAGCCUGUGAAGUGAUUUCUAAUGAAUAUUCCCGGUUGAGGUCACAGGAUCUCUCAGAUUCUGACAUGGCCAGGACACAGCCAGUCACAGCUCGUACCCUCGAGACACUGAUUCGUCUGGCCACUGCUCAUGCGAAGGCUCGCAUGGCUAAAUCCGUAGCUGUCCAGGAUGCAAAUGCUGCGAUAGAAUUGGUGCAGUUUGCGUACUUCAAGAAGGUCCUGGAAAAGGAGAAGAAGAAGCGUCGGCAUGAUUCGGAUUCUUCUGGUGACGAAGGGGAUUCUGAUACUGAAACAACUACUCAGCCCUCACAGAAUUCCCAAGCGGCAACCAGACGCUCCAAGAGGACAAGGCUUGAAGAACCAGUGGCCACUGUGGAGGAGGAUGAUGAAGUUGAGCUUCCACUUCCGGAUAGAGGAGAUCUCACCACCAGGGAGACAAUUCAAGCGACAGAAACGGAAUCUACAGCAGCGAUGGAUGACUCAGAACCUCUGGAGCCAAUUGAUGAUGCUAAAAUGAAUCUCUUCAAGACAACGCUGCAGAAAACCUUCCGCGAGGGACGCACCCAAUGCAUCAAACUGGACAAAUUCAAAGAAAUCCUCGCGCAAGAAUCCUCAAUUACCUUCUCUUCCGGAGAAAUCAUGUACGCCAUCCACCAGAUGACCGAAGAUAACCAAAUUAUGCUGGCUGAUGGAAUGAUCUUCCUGAUUUAGAAUAAGUUUUCAAUGUUUUUUGUGUGCUUUGCAUUUAUUGUAUCAAAUAAAUUCCUCAAUUUUCAAUCUA